ACAUGAAUGCGGUGGCCCUCGUGGGCUACAGCAGCAGCGGGUCCGAGGAUGAGGCAGAGGCCGGGGCCAGGGCUCCGGCCAGACCGGGGGCUGGAGGGGGCCGUCGUGACCAGACCCCCCUUCCCAGCCAGAGGUUGCCAGUGCCUGACAGUGUGCUGAACAUGUUCCCAAGCACUGAGGAGGGUCCUGAGGAUGACGGUGCAAAACACGGGGGGCGGGUGCGCACCUUCCCCCAUGAGCGGGGCAACUGGGCCACUCACGUUUAUGUGCCCUAUGAAGCUGGGGAGGAGUUCUUGGACCUGCUUGACAUGUUGCUGCCCCACGCCCAGACCUGCAUCCCGCGCCUGGUGAGGAUGGAGGAGUUCCACCUCAGCCUGUCCCAGAGCGUGGUUCUGCGCCACCACUGGAUCCUCCCCUUUGUGCAGGCUCUGAAAGACCGCAUGGCCUCCUUCCAGAGAUUCUUCUUUACUGCCAACCGGGUAAAGAUUUAUACCAAUCAAGAGAAAACCAGGACCUUUGUUGGGCUCGAGGUCACCUCAGGGCAUGCCCAGUUCCUCAACCUGGUUUCAGAGGUGGACAGAGUUAUGGAGGAAUUCGACCUCACCACUUUCUACAAGGACCCGUCAUUCCAUGUCAGCCUGGCCUGGUGUGUGGGCGAUGCACGUCCCCAGCUGGAGGGACAGUGCCUGCGCGACCUGCAGGAAAUUGUGGAUGAGUUUGAAGACUCUGAGCUGCUGCUGCGUGUGCAUGCUGAGCAAAUCCGCUGCAAGUCUGGGAACAAAUUCUUCUCCUUGCCUUUGAAGUGAGCGCAGAGGACCCCCUUGCCCAGGCCCCUCUGCAGGCCAGGCAGAAAGGGAGGAGCCUGCUGACAUCCGUAGGGAUGCUCCCAACCUCGCACCAGGAGGCCUCCAUCACACCUUCCCCCUGGCAGGAGGUGUAUCCGCUCCUGGUUGGCCCUGUGUGCCUGUGCUGUGGUCAUUCCCAGAAAUUACCAGUAGAGGGCAGCCUGGGCUUCCUGGUUCCUGUUCUAU